CGCAUAUCGACUGCGGCUGUGAUUCACUUCCGUGUGUUGACAGUGUAUCUUGUGAUCACUUCGGCUGGUGGACUCGCUUGUUUCGGAGGCUACUGCAUUUAGUCGCAAGAAAGCUUGACAUCUCACAUCGACAUCAUGGCAUACGCUGGAGGAACUGUUGUGAACCCGACCAUUCCAUACACCUGCCCCAUCCCAGGUGGACUUCAGAAUGGCAAGAUGGUCAUAGUACAGGGCACUUGUCAUCAUCACCAGAACAACUUUGCCAUCAACCUGUGUACGAGCCCCCAGAUCAGCCCCUUACCCGACACUGCCCUCCACUUCAACGUGAGAUUCAACGAGAACGCCAUCAUCCGGAACUCCCAGCAGUACAAUGCCUGGGGACAGGAGGAGCGGGGAGGGGGGAUGCCACUCCGGAAGGGGACCCCAUUUGAAAUCAUCAUCCUGGCGGAUCCUCAUCACUACAAGAUUUCAAUCAACGGCCGCCACUUCGCCACCUUCCGUCACCGCAUCCCCAAGGAGAGUGCGCCGUACCUGAUCAUCUCCGGCGAGGUCAACGUCAGCUACGUCAAGUUUGAGGGCGGUGCACCUAUUAUGCAACCGCACUACCAACCCCCUCCUCCUGGCUAUGCCCCUCCUCCCGGCUAUGCCCCAGGCUAUCCCACUGGCCAUGCACCACCCCCUCCAGGUGCGUCAAUGUACAUCGCAGGGCAACCCAUGAUCCCAGGGAGCCCAGCACCUCCAGCAUAUCCAGGUGGCGCUCAACCCAUCUACAACCCGCCUGUGCCUUUUACAACCAGCAUUCCUGGUGGGAUCUACCCUGGCCGCAUGAUUUACAUCAGUGGAGUCCCCAACCCUAAUGUGUCCCGAUUCACAGUAAACCUGAUGUGUGGUCCGAGUGAGCAAGGGGACAUAGGCAUGCACUUUGAUAUCAGAUUCAACUAUGGCGGUGCCUACAACCAGACUAUCAGGACCCACAAAGUCGGCAGCACUUGGGGAACUGAGGAGAAACACCAGAACUACUUCCCCUUUGUCCCCAACGCCAACUCCGACAUGAUCAUCCUCGUCGAACAAGCCAGCAUCAAGAUUGCCGUCAACAACCAACACUUCUGUGAGUUCAAUCACAGGAUCCAGCCACUUAAGAGAGUUGACUACCUGAACGUCAACGGCGACGUCCGUCUGACAUCUGUCAAGGUUCAGUAGGUCAGCUGACACACGUGACAAGGGGACUCUGGAGGAGUGGACACCAUCUAAACAUCACUCUGCUGGACAGUCUGAACAACUCUUUACUUGACUGCUGAAGAUGCUUGUUCCCUGUCCUUCGUGAUGUUUCCAGCUUGGUUUUAAUGCAAUAAUCAACAAUUGACAUCUAAUGUUACUUAUCAUCUGAUUUGAUAUUUUAUUACCUUAAAUCAAUAUUACUUAAGUCUUGUAGAUAUGAAUUAUUGAAGACAAAGGGAAUGUUAUAAACUUGAAGUGGUUAUGGUUCAAGUGGUGCUCAGAGGCUCCUGGACAUUAUCAAUAAUGGAAUCUGGUUCAUCAAGGAUAGCUCAUGAAACUUCUUUUGUUUGUUAAUAAAAUCUUGUUUGUUUGUUUGUUGGUUAUAACGUUUGUUGUAUUCGGGUAACUCUUGUGUCUUCUGUCACAGCAUUCCCUGAUCUAUUUUUGUGAUGUUUGGAAGUUUUUCUUAGCAAUAUUUGUUUUGUAGAAUUACUCCAUUGAAAUAUGUUGCCUUGUUCCUACAAUGUUAGAAUUACAGUUACCUAGGAUUUAAAAUGUACAACAAAGUACCAAGGCCAUGCAUUGUACAUACCAAUGACUUACAGCAAGCAUUCGUUAUUUAGAUCAUACAUUGUACAAGAGAGAUUUACAUUGUAUGACAGACUUCACUGCUUCACCAAGGUUGGUUGGCUUGUUGUUUAACACCACACUCAGCAAUAUUCCAGCUAUAUGGCGGGAGUCUGUAAAUAAUCGAGUUUGGACGAGGCAAUCCAGUGAUCAACAGCAUGAGCAUCCGACUGUAGACCAUUGUUAACAGACAAAUAUAUUCUACCACGGAGGUACCUAGUCACCUUAGGUUGUCUCGCUUUAAGUCAUCCGUGAUAUUGUAGCGUAGGAUUUUGGGUAAUGUCAGUUUACGGACUUGUAUUUACUGUUAUUGUAUAACAAAGGGCCUUGUGUCAUCGUUGUGUUCACAAGGGAGGAAGUCCAUCAGUUGCACAUUUACACUAUAGUUUUCACUAGCAGUACUAUAGGAGUUUCACGUUUUUCAUAAUUUUAUUAUGAAAUUCAUUAAAUAUUUCUUAUAAAAUUUGAUCAAUUUCUGUGAUACAGUCAUCUGAACAGGAUUUUCUUCAUAAGUGCCAUGGAUUUCUGAUUUAUAGUGUAAAUCAGUAUUACCAAGUUGUACAAUAUUCAAGAAUGUUACUGUUUUUCUCUGUACAAGAAUGUUACCUGGACCAUAUAGCAUGCAUCAGAUUCUUCUUAAUACUCCUGUUGAUUUGUUUUAAAAAAAUAAUAAUGUUUUUUAAAUAAUAUUGUAAAUAUUUCUUUUGCUUAGUAAAGAUUUUAUUUAUACUACAAUUAUGUUUACAUUGUGGCAGAAAUGGGUGAAGUUAUAUGCUCAAGGUAUUGUAUGGAGCAUUUUGACAAAACUGAUGUAGUGUACAGUACUUGUUUGCUUCGGGUUUUUUUCAGCAUUCAUGUGUUUAGCCUUUGUGUUCUAAUCACAUAUUAGAUCAGUAAUAAAAGACUAAUUUCCUGCUGCACCAAA